AUGACAUUGAAUCAUGAUAACAUUUUAAGUAUUGAACAUUGGUUAAAUACAUCGACAGUUCUAUCGAAUAUUGAUUCAAAUUUUAACACUUGUUUCAUGAUGUGGAGGCGAACUCCUCGUCGUAAAUUAUUUUCAUCCAGUGAAGAAGAAGAUGAUAGUCCGAUAAAAGAUAAAUGUCGAGUACUGAAGGAAAAUAAUUUAGUUUUAACAUCUUCGAUUUCCGUUGGUGAUACAGAUGAACAGUUAAAUACGUCUGAAUGUGUUAUUAGAAGAUCAACAAUAUUCACAACAAAUUCCACUCUAUUAAUGCAACAGACUAAAUUAGAACAGUUUGGAUUUGAAACAAGAACUCGCCCACAAAUACGACACCAAAAGCAGUCACAACGUGGUAGAAAACGACAUAGUGAACAAAGUGUAAAACAAGAUGUAAGAGUAGAUCCUUUUGUCAUGUCAAAAGGGCAAAAAAUUAAAAAAAUAGAUCCUGAGUCUCACGAUGAUGACAAUAUUAAUCUAAAACAACAGCAAAUACGAAAUGGAACUACACAUCCAAUGCAAACAAGAUCACAAUCGGCAUCGGAUUCUAAUUCUGAUCAUUUAGUUCGAUUAUUUGAUAAAAAGUUAAUUACAGUUACUCCGUUAAAAGAUGAAAUGUUUAUUGCUACUGGAAGUACAAGUUGUGGAGAAAUAAGUAGUAGUGAUGAGUGUGAAAUGGAAGAAUUCAGUACGACAAAUGUGAAUUCAACUCGACAAUUAAGAACUCGACCGUUACCACUUUUAUUAUCGACAUCGUCUGAUACUGAACAAAUAUCCGCCGUGAUGACGACUAAAAAUCGAACACCAAUGUUAAACAUUAAAAACAGUAUUUAUAAUAAUAAUAAUAAAUCGAAUAAUAAACGGUCUAGUACUGAAAUAGACGAAGUGAAGAAGAAUGGGAAACGAAGAAAAGUUGUUCACAAAGAACAGGAUGAAAAUAAGGAAAAUAUAAAGAAGCAAACAACAAAUAUUCGAUCAAAAUUAUAUCGUAGCAUAUCAGAACCAUUUGAACAGUUUGACGAGGCACGUUUAAAAGCCUCUGUUGAACUUGGAGCCAAUCGUGAACUUAUUGGUGAUCGAACACGUCCAUAUUUAUUACCACGUUGUCAAAGUUGUAAACACAAUGAUCUUGCUUGUAUUGCACCUAAAACGCUAAUUGAUGUUUUACUUAAUCGUUAUUCAUCUGAUAUCGAACAGUUUCAUAUAAUUGAUUGUCGUUAUCCGUACGAAUACGAUGGUGGUCACAUUAAUUCGUCUAGAAAUUUGUAUACACGUGAACAAAUACAACGGGAAUAUUUCGAUCAACCAAUGCAAUUAAAAGAUAAAACAAAACGAAUAAUUAUUAUAUUUCAUUGUGAAUUUUCAUCUGAACGAGCUCCCUCACUAUUACGAUAUCUUCGAGAAAUCGAUCGUAAUCGACAUCUUUCUGCUUAUCCAGAAUUAUGUUAUCCAGAAAUUUACCUUUUAGAAGGCGGUUAUAAAGCAUUUUUUGAAUAUUCCAAUGAACAUUGUUUACCUCAAACAUAUCGUCCAAUGUUAGAAACAGGUUUUACUGAUCAAUUACAACAUUAUCGAUUCAAAACAAGACAAUUGAAAAAAACAAAAUCGUCUAGUUUUGAUGUUAGUACCACAUCUCAGCGUACAAGCACUAAAUAUUAUUCACUUCGAAAUAUCGAUGUUCAUUUAUGA